UGAAUUAGAAAUUCAGUGAAUGUGACACUGAAACUGUAAAAAAUUAAGAACUGAAAACAAUACCAGUAAAGUAUCCAAGAUAUUCUCUAAAAGACCUGCCGUAAUAGAAACAUCAAAUGUUAGUGCUACAAUGAGAAAACUGAGGCCUGAGUGGUGUUCAAGGGGCAAAAGUACAAGGAAAGAACUGUGUAAUAAGUUUUAUCUGACAAUAAAAUCGCAACAUCUUAACCACGCCAAUUAAAACUACUGUUGUCGGUACUUAAAAAUGCAGACACCUGCGAUGAAUAAUGAAACAUUACAGCAAGAAAAUCACGCAGUUUUCGAUCCACAGCAGCUAAAACUGACUGAAGAUCGUGUACAUUGGGUUCUAAAUUAUUCCAUGAGCGAGUACAUCGGGGGAAGAAGAAGAAAAAAGAAGAGAAAGAAAGAGAGAGAGGAAGAAGAAGUCAGUCAAAAUGUAACAGCAAUGGGCAUACGCCCUAACUUUCAUAAAUCCAUUAAUGUCCCGCAAACAUCCAACGUGCUUAAAAGUCCACAGGCACAACUAUUAUUGGACUUCUCAGCUGUUCUACACGUGUACUCCCUCACACCCUAGGAAACAUUUUGUAUCACGUGAUUUCGCUUUGUCUGGAAACUGCGCAGCAAACCAUAAUAAACAAGAUGGCCGACCCUGAGGCUGCGUCGUCGAGUGGAGAACAAACAGAUAUUCAAGAAAAUGAGAAAGCUGAAGAGUUUAUUGAACCUGAAAAAAAGCGACAAAAAUUUUGCAAAAUAACUGAUGUAAAAUCGGAUAAACUUGAACAAAGGUUGGGUGGAAUAUUGUGUUGCGCUGUGUGUUUGGAUCUUCCCAGGGCUGCAGUCUAUCAGUGCACCAAUGGGCACCUGAUGUGUGCUGGAUGCUUUACUCAUGUACUGGCGGAUGCAAGAUUGAGAGAUGAGAUUGCUACAUGUCCAAACUGCAGAAUUGAAAUUAGCAAAACAUCUGCAUCUCGGAACUUGGCUGUAGAAAAAGCUGUGAAUGAAUUGCCUUCAGAGUGCCAGUUCUGUGGGAAAGAUUUUCCACGGAUUACUUUAGAGAGACAUGAGGAGAUGCUCUGUGAUGAGAGGAUUACAAAUUGCAAAUAUAGUCGUAUUGGAUGCCCAUGGCGUGGACCAUUUCAUGAGGCAACAGAACAUGAAUAUGUAUGUGUUCAUCCCCACCGCUCUGGAGCAGAUGUGAUGGAAGCUUUGCAGGUCAUUGACCUUAAGUGUGAAGAAGAGAAGAGGUUAUAUAACUGUAUAUUUGACUUGUUGUCAUAUGAGAAGAUAACAUUCAAUGAUUUGCAGAUAAAGCCGUAUCGCACAGAUGAGUUUGUGCACAAGCUCUUCUAUGAGACGAGCCGAUUCACCGCUUUCAACAAUCAGUGGGUGAUGAAGGCGCGCAUUAACGAUAGCCAGAGAGAUCCAACACAGAGCUCCGAGCGGAACAUGACUUACCAGUUGAUCCUGAAAACCAAGACAACGUACCCUCUGGCACUCCACUACUUGAUAUUACGUGGUCCUUUUGGGGAUAUGAAGGUCAACGCAAAGAUUCACAAGUUUGAGUUUACGGACCAAGAGAACGAGAGUCCUUAUGUGCACCUCCCUCUUCUUGAUACAGAUGAAUGUAAUCGCCUACUGGCAGCGAAAGUCAUCAACUUCCGGCUUAUCAUGUUUCUGUCAUCAAAGUAGAUGACAACAUGCCAUCUAUAAAUUGCUUGUGACCAGAAGGGAUUGUAGUAGUUUUCUUGCUUAGACUGUGUGGCUUUAAGUAGUUGUAAAUACUUAACUGUAGACAAAUAAUAGUUCUUAGUACAAAUAAAUUUGUUUCAGAAGCUUUAAAGAAAUCCCAGUUCAUGUUCUCUGUAAACAAACAAACAAACCAUGAUAAAACAAAUUAUACUUCUGAAUCUCUCAAGUUUUCUAGACAAUUAAAAGUGACAUUUUAUUAACAAUUACCUAAAAAAUAAACCUUCCAAUAGUUUAAUUAAAAACAUGUCUUUAUUUAACCAUCAGCUUUGGCAGACUAAGUUAUAAGUAUGUCUGGCUGAUUUAAAGUACAGAUGUGGAUAGUGUCUAAGUGUUAUGUCAAUGUAUUAUGUGGUUAUAUACCUACAUGUUUUUCUUUGAACAUGAUUAUGUAUAAUCUUGAAUAAGUUGUGUUUUUAAGCCGGACUUAGAGAAAAUGCCUUAUGAUGGAAAUAGUUGUUCUUUAUUUACAUCUGUUAUAUCACAGUAAAAGAUAUAUAUUUAUUUAUACACAUUUAAGAAGUUACUCAAUUUGAGUAAGCAUAAAAGCUACAUUAUAUCUCUGUUUCCUACUAUGAAAUAGUUAUAUUGCACUACUAUAUAUUUAAGAAUUAAUACUGUACUAGUAAGUAAUUUUGUAAUACUGUAAUUAUAAUAAUUUUGACUAUAGUAUUUUUGUUUUGUAUGAUCAGUAAAGCUUGAUUCUACCUUCUUUUGAGAUUAACUAUAAUCUCCAAGUGAUAUACUGUUUCUGUGAAAGCUAAUAAUACAUGCCUUAGAGUCCAUUAUUUUUUUAUUUAUUAGUAUUGUUAUUACCCCCCUCUUUUUUCAUUUGCCAUACUGAUAGCACAACAUAUUACUCACAUCCUAAACCAACAUCUUGUUGCCUGAGGCCAUAAGAUUUUGUUUAUGACAUGUUGCUUAUGACACCUUAAGUAUGGUGAUUUUGUAACUCAUUUGUAAUAUUUAUUUCACCUCAAACUGAUGCACAAUAUCAAUAUAGCAAUGGUAAAUACAUGUUAUUACAUGCAUGGUGAACAUUAUGACCAAAAAUUCCUCUGAAAUAUCAGUAGUACUUUGAUCAACCUGAAUUUAUGUGCUGUAAAAACUCUUAUCUUGUGAUAGGAUUUUUAUUUAUAUAAAAUUAUAUAUGGAGAUUUGUAAAUAAAAUCUGCCAACCAGAUCUGAAGUAAGCAUUUCACUAGUUCAGAAUUGUUACUGUAUAAUUGUCAUCAAAGUAAUUUAAUAAAUACACUGGUGUGUUGGGCACACUGUAAUUUAA